UACAAAUCUAAUUACAAGUUUAAAAAACAUACACGAUAGGACCAUAAAAAUGCUGGGCGGCAGCAACAAAAGGCUGGGUAAAAAGGCCAAAAUUUCACUUGCUUUCUAAAAACUGUGAUGGAGACAGAGGAGUGGAUGCCCACCAGGAGAGCAUUCCAAGGUCUGGGGGCAAUAACUGAGAAGGCCCUGUCCCAUGUGCACGACAGCCGAGCCCCCCUCAUUGUUGGUAUGCGGAGCAGAGCCCCCUCCGAUAACCUUUCUGAAUACAUAAAGUAUUCAGUGGUUGUGAUUCUGCUCCUUUUCUGUGUGCAUAGAUUUCCAUCUGAACAGUGCUCAUCUCAGUCCCAAGGAGGGUUGGGGUUGACAGUUUUAUGAGGGAAAGAAAGAUUUAAAACAAAAUAUAGUGCAAUCUCUUUUGAACACUGAAGUAUCACAAUGGCACCUGCUAUGCACAUUUAUGACAUAAUUCUUCAUUUGAAGUUCAAACACCAGCUUACCCUACCCUCUUGCGAGGGGCGGGAAUACAAAGUUAAUUUUCAUGCAGUGUCUGAAGAAAGGCCCCUGCUAGCAGGAUGUUGGAAGAGCCCUGCUGGAUCAGGCCAAAGGUCCAUCUAGUCGUCUUUUUAAAAAGCAGAAUGUAAUCCUAGUAAAUAAAUAAUCAAAGGAUCCGACCUUCUGUUGGAGGAAUCGAAUCAGAUGCAUCUGGGAAGCCCACAACCAGGGCUUGGAUGCAAUAGCCCUCUCCUGUGGCUCAUCAGCAAAUGGUAUUCAGUGCUGCUUCUGAACAUGGAGGAUCCAUUUAGCUAUCAUCGCAGAUGGGUACUACUGGCAGAACGAUCGUUAAAGGUACAGUUACAGGAUGCCCCCACCCCACCCCAUGGAUAGACGGGAGAGUCAGACAAACAAAAGAACAGCCUCGCAGAGGAUACCAUGGGCUGCUUUCCGACGCUUGGUUUAUCCGAACAAAGGACAGUCCUUCCUCUCCAUACACUGCCUGUGCCGAGCCAGCCGCCCCCAAAGUCUAACAAGAGGCUUCCUAGAGACCUGCCGCCGCCUCCUAAAGAUCCUCCGGCAAUUCAGCGGCACAGCGCGGGGUUGGGGGUAGGAGAUUGGUUAGAGAGGGACCUUCCUGUUCCCAGCAUCCCUUUAAUGCUGGUGUUGCUGAGGGAGACCGGAGCUUGGUUCCUCCACCUCCUGGUGCUUGCUGAGGAUUCUCAUCAUCUCCCGGUGCGUGCAGAAAGGCAAAGGACGGAUUCCUCGGCGCCAAGAACAGAGGAGCCAGGGGGAUGGAGAGCAGAAUGAAGGACAACCAGCCUGCCCAGAAAGACCCCACUAGACCAGACUCACAAGGGCCAGGGGGAAGCCCCCAAGAGGACAUCUUCCACAGUGGUGGUCGGGAGCGAGCCUAUGAGAACCAGAGCAGACCAGGGAGGCAGCGAAGAAAGAACCCAGCAGUAGGAAAGAGGCUUGUUAUACCUGCCCAAUGUGAGGAGGGCAUUCAGAAGCUGAAGGAUAUGCUGGUGCUGCAGAGAUCCCACUCGCACACCAGGCCUACCAUCUGCAGCGAGUGUGGCAAAGGCUUCAGUCGUAGUUCGGACCUCAUUCGGCACCAGAUCACCCACACUGGAGAGAAGCCAUACACCUGUGCUGACUGUGGCAAGGGCUUCAGCCAGAACUCCAACCUAGUGACCCACCAGAGGAUCCACACAGGGGAGAAGCCCUACCAGUGCAGUGACUGCAGUAAGCGCUUCAGUGAAAGUUCGGCACUGAUCCAGCAUCAGAGGACCCACACAGGGGAGAAGCCAUACAAGUGCAUGGAGUGCGGGAAGCGCUUCAGCGUCAGCUCUAACCUCAUCCGUCACCGACGUACUCACACGGACGAGAAGCCCUAUAUCUGCGUGGAGUGUGGGGAGGGUUUCCGACACAAAUCACAGCUGAUACGGCAUCAGCGCACACACACAGGCGAGCGCCCCAGCACGUGCACCGACUGCGGCAAGAGCUUCUCACAGAACUCGCACCUGGUGCAGCACCGGCGCACGCACACUGGUGAGAAACCGUACGUCUGCCGCGACUGUGGCAAGAGCUUCAGCUGGAGCUCCAACCUGAUCCAGCACCAGCGCAUCCAUACGGGAGAGCGCCCAUACACGUGUGGGGACUGUGGCCGCAGCUUCACCCAGAGCAAGAACCUGGCCAAGCACCGGCGGACGCACACAGGCGCCCGGCCCUUUCGCUGCCCUGAGUGUGGACGGGGCUUUGCACACACUGCUGGCCUGAUCAAACACCAGCGCCUGCGUCAUGAUACAGACUCCCCUAUUGGCCACCCUUGCCCAGAAUGCGGGCAGCGCUUCCGGGCACCUUCGGAGGUGGAACGUCACCGUGUGGCUCACCAUGGCGUCGCCCCAUCCGAGCCUUUCAUCUGUGUGGAGUGUGGAGAGUGUUUUGCCAAGAGUACCACACUCAUCCGCCACAAGCGAGUGCACAAGCCUAUCUUUGUCCAUUGAGUUUUGUCCCCCAGUGGGGUGAGAAUUCUAACCAUACAUCUAGGUUUCUAGCCUGGAGACUGACAGCAGCCUGGGGUCUGCAGGCUAAGGUGCAAGGAGACACUGACUAGAAUUGGGGUCCUGCUUGCUCAGGUCAAAGGCUAUGCUAGGGCUAACAAGCAAAACCACUGAGCAGCAAUGAAGGGGAAAGGAGGAGGUUGGGCUUAGAACAUGGAUUUCAUUGACUUAGUAGGAGAGAGACUGCUUAGAGCCCAGAUCUUGAUCGGCCUUGUGGGGCAGGAUCAAACUGGAGCACAGUUCUCACCUCCUUCUGAGAACCUACAGGCCUUGGGCCCUGCUGCUGUACAUAAUGUGGGGGUAUUCUUUAGGUAGAAGCCAUAAUAGAAAUCGGGAAGGGAGCGGGGAGAGAUCCAGUCUCCAAUCAAAAUACGGCUUCUUCAAACUAAGGAAGAGACGAACCUCAUCCAGAAUUCUCGUGGCAGAAGGAUGCCCCUGAUUAAAGGAACGGGCAUGGACUACCAGAAAAAAUUGUGAGGACAGUUGAAAAGGGUGAAAUUAGUCUUAUGAAAUAAAGACUUCGGUAUCCCUUUAUCUCAAAUUGCUAGUCUCUCACUCCAUGGUUAUCCAUUCCCUGUUUCAUAUGGUUGUGAUGAAAAUCACAAUAGUGGAAAAUUGGGCAGUACAGUAGAAAUGGAAGGCAGAUCAAAUACUGCACAGGUGCUGGAUCUGCACUGAUGAAAAGACUGCUGUGGCUGAUAGGCAGCAAGGAAGAAGAGAAACCCCCAGGGUUAGAAGUCUCUUAAGCCCACACAAAGUGCAAUUUUCCUGCAGUUUCAGUGUAGAAACUGGUAUCUGGUACAGAAUGUAGAAAAUGUGAAUCUCUCAGCAUUUAGUUUUUAUCUGUAAAGCCAUUUCCAGAGGUCAUGGCUGUGGAAACCAUGAUAUUAAACAUAGUUUGGUCUGCAAGAGAUUGUUUUCACAGGUAAGACUUUUGUUUGCUGUGACCACUUGUUUUUCCUUCAUAGUCUCUAGUCAUGUUCCGCUCCCUAUAAAGAACACUGCCUUUUGUU